UCUCUGACGCGCUAGUCCGCCCCGACCGAGGGCGGUGUGGCGAGCCGGCUUCACGCUUCGUCGGGAGGACGAGUGGGUGAGAGAGGAAGCCCGCGGAAGGGGAGGCCAGGACCGGGCAAGGACUGAAGGAGGACCGAGGCGGGUGGGGGUGCGGAGUGCGGGGCAGACCCGUAGGCCGCGGUGGUUUCCCAGCAGCGGGGGCGGUCGGGUUCGCCGACUAGGCCGCAGCGGCCAUGGCUGUAGAUUUCGGGGACCCCCGGAGCGGGUUCCGCCACAACGAGGUGGUGGUGUUCAUCAACGAGGAGGUGCUCAGCAACGGCGGCGGUCCCGACUUCUACCUGACCUUCUGCUCGAGGCCCUGGAACGAGGUAGAGGACGAGCUACUGUCCAUCGUGGCGGACCCGCAGGUGCCGCGCGCCGUCAAGCGGGCUUACUCGUGGAGCGCGCUGGCCUUGAGCGUGCGCGCGGCCGCGAGGCAGCAGGAGCAGCAGGCGCACCGCGUGCGGCGGCUGCAGGAGCAGCUGGAGGAGCGCGAGACCACCACCUGGGCUCUGGCCAACCAGCUGCAGCGGCUACGCCAGGAGCGCGAGCAAGUGGUGUCGCAGUUGCGCCGUGUGCAGCACGACCUGCAGCAUGUGCUGGAUGAGCGCGAGGCGCUGCGUGGCCAGCUUCUCCAGGCCCAGAGGCAGCCCCAGCAGGUCGGGUCUCGAGUGCAGCGGCUGGCGACGGAGGUGUGGCCCCUGAAUGCAGAGGAGCGGAACGAGGUGCUGGCCGCCACCCGGUCGCAGCGUGAGCAGGAUGCGGAGACCCAGAGAGGAGAGAGAGAGGAGAAAGAGAGAGAGGAGGCCCGCAUGGCCUCUGAGACAACAGGUGUGCUUUACGCGCCAGGAUCGCCGCCGCCGCCGCCGCCGCCGCCGCCGAGUCCCUGGGCCCAGGUUGUUCAACCCUCUCUGCCCAUGCCGUUCCCCAUGCCAUUCCAGGUGGCGUUCCCCUACCCACCACCUCCCCAACCCAGGGUAGUCGCAGAAGCAGCAGCAGGAGCGGCGUUCACACCCCAGAUGCCUGCUGCAGCCAUCUACCCACCUGGCAUGUGGCCUCCGUUCAGGCCUCUGGAGGAGAUAGCCAUGUGGUGGAACCAGAGACGCCAAAGCCAAGAGGAAGGUCCUGCCAGGCUCCACUUUGGCGUAAACCCCGCAGGGCGCAACUGGAGCCAGGGAGACCUGAUGAAGCAACAGCCACAGGGAGAGAUGCCCAGGCAACCAAAUGCUCCAGGAACUUUGUGUGAAGCCGAAGAAACUUCAGCUCCCAGUGUGUGAAUGAAUCCUCCCAAAAUACCCUCUGGCUCUCAGCGGGCUUCACCUCAGUGAGACCUCAACUGGCUGGAGCUAGUAGAAGUGUGAAGAAAUCAGGGGAAAGGAGACAUUCUGGCACACAUCUUGGAACGGGGGAAGCAGACAGAUUUUGUUAGAAUUUGACCCUUCUCUUAUGGAAAAGGGAUUGGCAGCAGAUUUCAAAGGGUGGAUGGGAAGGUAGUAUUAAAUGUUAGAGGUUAUAGCAAGCUUGUUGAAUUUUGUUUAUUAAUUCAUUGAACAAAUAGUUACUGAUUGCCCCGUAAGAGUUAGGAACUACAGUGAUAUUUUAUUCUCUGGUGCAUACAUUAUAGCUCAAUUGGAUGAGUCUGGUUAGAUAACAGAAGAGCCUUAUUUGGGAUACAGUGUACACUGGGGUUGUUUUUUUGUUUGUUUUGUUUUGUUUUGUUUUUUGCCUAGCAUGCAAUAUGGCUUUUGGGUAAACCCAACUGAAAUGACACAAGAUCUAUUUCUGUGAUUCUGGAGGCAAUGUCAAAGGCACUUUCAUGGAAGGACUUGAAUGACUGAACUGCUUAGCACAUCAGUCCCCACAGAAACAAACAGGCCGUGGCAAAGACUGGGAGAAGCAGCCUCACCAAAGGAUAGGCUGGACUUUUCCGAGACUCCUGCUGAUUUCCUCCCUUGAAAAGCACUGCUAGUUUUCCGGUUGUCUGAAAGACCACUGGGCUCUCUUGAAGAAGGAGAGUGUUGGCUACACACUUGGUCCCUCAGCUUGGGGCCACCAUCUUCCCAAGCUCCUUUCCAGUCAAGAUGGGUGAAGAACAAAAUGGAUUCCAAGGGCGGACAUCGUGCUGUGAAUGGUGCUCCUCUUGGAAGACUGAUUGGAUUAAAAAAGAACUGGACUGGCGCAAGCCCUUUUGGGAAUGCCCGGGGCCCCUUCUCUUCCAUUUGGUGUGUUCCCUGCAGGCUCUCUGCUCCCCCAAGGCGGGUAGAGCCCAGUGGGUGGGAAGUUAGAUGGUCUCCAGUCUAAACAAAUGGUGUUCUGGAGAUUCCCCCAUGAAG